CUUAAAACAGCUUACAUAUCAACUCUAGAAUCCUUGAUGUAUCUUUCAAGCUGUAAAGAAAAACCUGCAAUACUUCUUCUUGUAUGCAACUACCAAAACGAAUUUGGCUAUUACACCAUUCAAUUUGCAGUCUUUAGUCAAUGCCCUUCAUUUUCUUAAAAACAAAAUCCUUCACUUGACUGACCUGCAGAUAACUUCCCAUGAGUAGACACUUACGUUGUCUCGUCAUCAACCAAGACAAAUUUAUGCUCAUGAGUUGUUGUCUUCUAAAUGCAAUUUGAAUCCUCUGCAUUUGCAUUCCUUUCUAGGACUUCUUUUCAGCUGCUAACACCAGCUUUGAGAUGAGUUGUUUAUCAGGCUUGAUACACAACACUUUCAUAGUCUUGAAGUGAAAUACCUUGAGACAACUCCUGCAACACUUACACAUGUCUCUUUUCAGUUCCUUCUUUAGAGAAUUCAUUGAACCACUUCAAUAACUUCAUCUCUAUUUACACGUUAGUGUCUUUUCUGAAAUUUGCAGCCAGCAACUCCUAUCUAGAAACCUGCAAUUUAUUUCUGAAAAAUCUGCAGUCUACUUCUAAAUGACCUUACCAACAAUCAGCUCCAAACCAAGCCUGUAUCCACCUUGUACCAUCUUUGAGCUGAAAACCCGUUGAUAAUAAACUGUUCUUGACUUGUUUUCUUAUAAGCAUAUUGAACUUCCAUGAAUCUGAUAAACUAGUGAAUUACACAGCCCUUUAACUCUUUUAUCUUCAGCUAACCUUCUAAGACAACAUCCACAAACAUAGCUCCACCAUGAAAAAAUAACAACCUUAAGUAUAUGUAUUGCUAACUAAACCGGACAGAUGAAACUAAACCGGAGAUUAAGACAUUUAACCAAAUUAUUGAUUCAGGUUCUGUAGCAGAUUCAGGUAUGAAGAAGAGCUUUUUUCCUGUCACAACCUAAAACCCUAAAUCUCUGAUCCGCCAUGAGAGGAGCUCUCUUGAGAAAUGCAUCUCUCUGCGCUCGCAGAAUCAUUCUUUCUCCUCGUAUAACCCAUCAGAUCUCCCCCAAUGUUCCCUUUCUCGCUCCAAUCGCCGCUCCUGCUGCUCCCAAGUUCAGAUUUUUCUCCUCCGAAUCCGGUGAGAACUCGACUACGGCCCCUGAGUCUUCGCCGACUGAUUCACCCGAGAAGAAAGAUCUCGUUGUAGAAGAUGUAAGCAACAAAGAGCUUAAAAGCCGUAUAGAGAAGUAUUUCAAUGAGGGUAAUGAAGAUGCUUUACCCGGAGUUAUUGAAGCACUUCUACAGAGAAGACUUGUAGACAAACACGCAGAGACUGAUGAUGAAUUGUUGGAAAAAAUCGAGUCUCUACCUUUCAAAGAUGAUGUCAAGGAUGAAGAUUUUGAAUCCGAUUUCGAGGAAGCACAUUCUACUGACGAAGAACUUGAGGAUUUGUACAAUUCUCCCGAGUAUGUAGCUGAAAAGAUGAGGAAGAAUGAGUUUUUCAACAUGGAUGAUAAGAAGUGGGAUCACAUGAUUAGAGAAGGUAUCCAACAUGGGUGUCUUACUGAUACUAAAGAAUGCGAGGAGAUUCUUGAGGAUAUGCUCAAAUGGGACCAGCUUCUUCCUGAUGACUUGAAGAAAAAGGUUGAAGCAAAGUUUAAUGAGCUUGGAGAUAUGUGUGAAAGAGGUGAAAUUGAGGCUGAAGCAGCUUAUGAGCUUUUUAAGGAAUUUGAAGAUGAGAUGGUAAUUCAGUAUGGGGAUCAGAUGGAAGCUGAGGGUCCUCCCCAAUUUGGUGAAACAGAUGCUUCCGAUAGGAAUACUGACUUGGAUGAUCCCCCUGGUAAAGGCCCAAUCCUCAGGUGGCAAUCAAGGAUAGUUUUUGCUCCUGGAGGUGAUGCGUGGCAUCCAAAGAACAGGAAAGUUAAAAUGUCUGUUACAGUGAAAGAGCUUGGGCUCUCAAAGCAUCAGGCUAAAAGGCUAAGGGAACUUGUAGGGAAAAGAUACCAUUCGGGGAAAGACGAGCUUACAAUCACCAGCGAGAGGUUUGAACACCGAGAGGAAAACAGGAAAGACUGCUUAAGAACUCUUUACGGGUUGAUAGAAGAAGCUGGGAAAGCCAACAAGAUCGCUGAAGACAUAAGAACUUCAUAUGUAAAACAAAGACUCCGUGCCAAUCCAGCUUUUAUGCAGAAACUACAAGCCAAGAUCAUAAGGUCUAAAGAAUCAGAUGCCAUCAACGCUUGAACAAAACUUUUCCCGAUCCAUGAAGAAUCUUUGAUGGUAACUCCUAUCUUAGUUUGGUUUGCUUGUUGUAUCUCAUGAAGACAUGAACCUUGGCUGUGCUGUUGGUGUCUAUUAGAGACUAGUUAACGUUUUCUCAGAAUUAUGAAUCUCUCCUAAAGUUAAGGUUUCAGAUAUGUUUACGGGUUCAGAAUGAAAGUAACCAAAGGAAAGAAUUGGUACAAUUUUUGUUUGGGUUUUGUAUCAGAUGUCUUUCUAAUUUUUAAAGAAAUUCAAUCAGUAAGAUAAGAAAUGGAAACUAAAUAAAUUAUUGCUUC